UUUCUAAACCGGUCGCGCGCUCAUUUUGGCGACAUAAGCCAUUCUUUGUGUUAGUAUAUGAUUUAUAACUCUGUGUUUAAACAUGGCGUUGAAACUACUCCAUAUUCUUGUCGUAACCUCACUUCCUCCUGUAUAGAGUUCAGAAUUUUUAGUUUCUGUAGAUAUCGGUUUGUGUAUUUAAAAGGGGUUACUGUAACUGAUCCUGAUCGAAGGCCCUCUUUCAAGCGAGGCCAUGGAAGAGUUUUCGCUUGCUGAUGCAAUCUCAGAUGAUGCCCCGAAUCAGCCGUCUAGGAACAGGAACGACAACGCAUCUGUCGCCUUUAAUGGGGCACCCCCUCCCACUAAUCCUGGCUGGCCUGGUGCAGCUCCAGGUGGCCCCAGCUUCCCAGCCUCAGGAGGCCCUGCCCAGCCUUCAGCCCCUGGUGGUUUCCCCCAUUCUGGCCCUGGUGCCCCAGGCUCCUUCCCCCAUGGGCCCGUUGCACCACACCAGUAUCCCAAUGCCCCCUCUGCCCCGGCAGGAUACCCUCCUGGCCCUGGGGUGCCUCCACAGUUUCCCUCGAACCCAGGGCAAUUUCCUCCAGGCGGGGCACCCAUGCCAUACUCUGGUGGCCAGUUCCCCUCCACCCCUGGGGCUCCACAGGGACCGUACCCCAACGCUCCCUACCCAGCAGGACCACCAGGACCACCCGCCUCAGGCAUGUAUGGGCCUGGAGGCCCUCCUGCCUUUCCUCCAGCUCCAGGCCCUGGGCCUGGCUUUGCGGGUGGAGCGUUCCCCCCUCUACCUCCCGGGUCUUGGGGUGUGCCUGGAGGGGGCUUCCCUUCACAGCCUGGCCCUCCAGGGGGCUUCGGCCCUGGGCCCAUGGGACCAUACGGAGGCCCUGGUGCGCCUAGAGGCACCCUGCUGGUGCCUUAUGACCUACCCCUCCACGCAGGUAUAUUGCCCCGCCUUCUCAUCACUAUAGUAGGAGAGCCUGUUCUGGGAGGAGACAGGUUCCAUGUGGACUUUGUGAAAGGCCCUGACGUGGUGUUCCAUUUUAACCCCCGCUUCACCGAGCAGAGAGUCGUCAGGAACUCCAACCUUGGAGGCUACUGGGGCCCAGAGGAGAGGGAUGGGGGUUUCCCUUUUGUGCAGGGGAGACAGUUUGAGCUGAAGAUUCUGGUGGAGCCAGACGUGUUUAAGGUGGCGGUGGAUGGAGUGCAUCUCCUGGAGUACGAGCACCGGGUUGGGGGGAUGGAGGAGGUGACACUACUGCAGGUUACAGGGGACAUCACCCUCUACAGCGUGGCCCCCACCAUGAUCUAACCCAGACGCGUGUCUGUACCCCCACUACGAGUGUGUUUUUGUGACAAAACACUCAUAUCCCGUGUCCUUUGCUGACAGGCGUAUUGGGCGUGAAAGAGUGAACUCGCACAACAAUCCCCGAAAAAGCCCUCAACAGCCCCUCAAAAAGACCUUUGCUGUUCCAUCUUUUCUGCCGAGGAGAUGUCUAUGUAUGUUUUAAUCACACCAUGGGGAGAUGCACUUGUAAAUAAUGUUCAGUAGUAAUUGUGGAAAAUUCCCAGUGUUCUGGGCCUUUGUGCAAAUCCUGCCUCUUAGCAGACCACUCUGCAGUUUACUAAGCUAAAUGUAUCGAGCCCUGGUGUCUUGAGCCAUACUGUGACACUCUAGUGAAAUGUUCACAUUGUGCAGAGAAAGCAUGUUAGUGUUCUUGUGCUAAUCCCUCAGCGUCUGACUGAACCGUUGAAAUAAGGAGGCACCUGAACUCAGAAAAUUCUCAUCUUUCCGUGUGAUAUUGGUCCAUUAAAGUAAACAAACAAGGCAGCGCUGCUGAAUGCUUCCCCUGUGUUUCAGAUAAACUCCUCUGGAGAUGCUUGUGUUUUUGUUCUGAAUUCACUGUUGGUCCCCAUUUCAAGCUUUCUAGGCACAAAUAUAUAGCAUGCAUACUAAAAUAUGACUGUUUAUAUUUCAGAAUAUAUUUGGAAUGUCAGCAACGUAGUAGAAGUUUUCUGCUUUACCAACAAGAUCAGUGAAGUGGGUUUAUAUAUUUACUUUCAUAGCACAGCACUAGAGGUAGACUAUGCUGGAAAUGUCAUAUCUUUGACCCACUGUAUGAAAUCAUGUACAGCUGUAUGUACAGCUCUGGUUUCUGGAUUUUUGAGACUGCGAUAGCUCAGUCUGUUAUGAAAUGUCAUAAGUUGAAGUCUUUUUUUAUGGAAAAGAGAAAAUAUAUAUAUAUAUAUACACACACGCACGCACGUGCGCGUAUAUAUUUCAGUGAAUGUUAAAGAAUGAAAUUCUUGCCAAAGAUAUUACAGUAGGAUUUACUGAGAGUUUGGAGUAAAAUAUUUAACACCCUUUUUGAAA